GUCUGACACAAAUGCAAGUUACCUGAGAGCUGCUCGAGCUGGCAACUUGGAAAAGGCUCUCGACUACUUAAAAAAUGGAGUGGACAUCAACAUUUCAAAUCAGAACGGGUUGAAUGCUCUCCAUCUCGCUUCCAAAGAAGGACAUGUAGAAGUUGUCUCUGAACUGAUACAGCGAGGUGCCAGUGUGGAUGCAGCAACAAAGAAAGGAAACACAGCAUUGCACAUAGCAUCCCUCGCUGGACAAGCAGAAGUAGUCAAAGUAUUGGUUACAAAUCGGGCCAAUGUCAAUGCACAGUCUCAGAAUGGUUUCACUCCACUGUAUAUGGCAGCCCAAGAAAACCACCUGGAGGUUGUCAAGUUUCUUCUUGACAAUGGUGCCAGUCAAAGCCUUGCCACAGAGGAUGGUUUCACACCUUUGGCAGUAGCUUUGCAGCAAGGUCAUGACCAGGUGGUUUCACUGCUGCUCGAAAAUGAUACGAAGGGAAAAGUUCGUCUUCCUGCCCUUCACAUCGCUGCUCGCAAGGAUGAUACGAAGGCAGCGGCUCUGCUCCUGCAGAACGACCACAAUGCUGAUGUGGAGUCAAAGAGUGGGUUCACUCCCCUCCACAUAGCUGCUCACUAUGGAAAUAUCAAUGUAGCUACAUUGCUGUUAAACCGGGGUGCUGCUGUGGACUUCACUGCAAGGAAUGAUAUCACGCCGUUGCACGUCGCAUCAAAAAGGGGAAAUGCAAACAUGGUCAAACUCCUACUUGAUCGAGGCGCUAAAAUUGAUGCCAAAACAAGGGUAAGCUCAAGUCUGAGUGCUGUGAGUGACUGUGUGGAAUUAUUGCCUCUGACCUGUUUGUUGCUGUAGAGCUUAAAUCAUUCAUCUUCCUGGCAGGUUACUACAGCUGCAUUGCAUUUUUUAUUUAUGAAAUGGGUGCAGGAGGAUGCUAAGAUUUCACAUCUUCUAAAGCAGUGUGUGAAGCACUAUGUACAGCAAAGCUCAGAAACAACCAUUUUCCAUGU